GAUUCUGAAAAAGCCACAAAACCCUAAAAAGCUAGAAAAGAGAAAACAGUGGGAGCGUUCAGCGCGCUAAUCACACAAAUUGGGUGAUCUUCCACUGUCUGUAUGUACUGUGUGUGGUAGGGUUUUAUGUAAUGUUGAUAGACUGAGGCUGAGACUAUUGAUUUCGAUUUUGAUUUCAACUAUGGAGGGUUUACAGAAAGCGUUCCGUGAUUUUUCUCAAGACCCUAAACUGGGCUUUCUCUCUUCUUCUUCCAUCAGCGGAGGAGGAAGGGCCUCUGCUUUGUCUGCUGACCAAUCUCAAGUCCUCGUCACCAGACCUCCCAGACAAACUGUAUCGUUGUGGACAUGCUCAAAGCUUUGUGCAAUUUGCUUUGUUGCUGGAGUAGUUCUUGGUUUCACGCUGAAGCGACGUGUCCGACGCUGGGCAUCUAAACUUCUCAGGAGGAUAAGAGAUGAUUAGGGCUAACUCAAUACUUAUAUCAUCAUUUUCUUGGGGAUCUGAAAUCUGUAAAGUUUACUGCUCAUAGAUGAGAUGAUUCAUACUUUUGGUCAUUUUAUUGUUUGUCAUUAUGAGCCGUUUUGAGUCAUAGAGAUGAAUCAAUUGCUUUCUUACAGAUUGACAAGUUUGUGUCUAUUAGAGGCUUCUAAAAUCAAGUUUGUCUGA